GGCGGGUAGGGUGUUUAUUGUUCCAGUCGGCAGGGCCCUCUGGCGUCGGGGGGCGGUGCUCGCGUCCCGGUGGGUGGGAUUGGCGGGGCCCUGUGUGCCCUGCUCUGAGCAUUUCCAGAACUUUGACCUCGUUCAGUCCUCCUCUCUAGGUGUGCAGCCUUUUUCUCGCAGUGUGACGUGGAAUGUUACUUAAAGUCCCUGUACUUCCCAUUGCUGGUCUUUAAAAUGGUGAUUAUAGGAUCAUCCUAAUAUAAUUGUUUUGCGAAUUGAAAGAGAUAAUACAAAUGAAAGCCUUAAAGUAGUCCCUGUCACUUGGUGAGUGGCGGUCUCUUGUUUCCUGAUAUUUUAAAACGUUUGAUACCAUUUCAAAGCUAUAGAAAAAUUGCCAAAACAGUAUAAGAGAUUCUCAUAUACUUUUUACCCAAAUUUGCCAAGUGUUUACAUUCUUCCUGUUUGCUUCCUGAUGACCAUCAACCAAAUACCACCGGGAACAUACCUGUAACCAGAGACAGCUGAUUGUAGGUUUCUGCAGCAAGGAAGCCCAAAUAUCAGGGUGAUUGUGUAGUAUCUUGGUAAGAGGCAUUUAGGAAGGGCUGGUUAUAGGGUUUUACAUAACAUGUUAAAUAAUAUUGAAUAUUAUAUUAAAUAAUGUUGUCACUGAUUACAUAUCAAUUAGAUGUGUUACAAUAAUACUAGUACUUGUAGGGUACUUAUUAGAUAGUGUUGGAUGCGAUAUUACCUAGCAUCAUGUUAUCUAAUUUGAAGUUCAUAUGUGAAUUUAAUUUUUCAUUUAAAGUCCUUAUGACUGUCCCCUGCCCCCCCUUCACCUGCAACCCCAUUCAAAGUCCAGUUUAUGCAUUGUCUUUAGCUGUCACAUUUCCAUAGAUGUUCAUUUGGAAUUUGAUAUAUUUCACAUUUAGGUUCAGAUUAUGCAUUGUUGGUGGGGAUUCAACAGAAGUGCUGAGAUGCCCUUUUCUUUUCCUUUUUUUUGUUUUUUUGAGACAGAGUUUCACUCUUUCACCCAGGCUGGAGUGGAAUGGCGCGAUGAGAUGCCCUUCUCGUAACGUAACAAGGUCCAAGUGAUGUCCGUUUGUCCCUUCAUUGGUGAUCUCAGCUUUGUCACUUGGCCAAGAAGAUGUCUUUCAGAUUUGUCCACUCUUAUGUUACCUUUUUUUUUUUAAUUAUGAAGUUUCUCAUGGGGAAAUACAUUAUUAGUGGGCAUUUUCUUAUAAAGGAGAGCUUUCAUUUCUCCUCUGUUGGUUCAUACAUUUGUUCAGCUAUAGAUAUUCUACCAAUAUGGACCCAGAAUCCAGUUUUAUUGAUUUUAAUGAUAUGUGCAUUAACAGUUAUUAUUUUAUCAACUCCAGCUUUUAGUUAUCAUAGCAUUUACCCAUUUCAGGUGUACAAUUCAGUAGUCUUUAGGAACUUCAAAGUGGAGAAAUCAUCAUCAUAAUUCAGUUGAGAUCAUUUUCAUCCCCCAGUUGGAUUCCUCAUGGCUAUUUAUGUUAAACCUCAUUCUCACCUCAAAUUUAGAGCCACUAUUAACCUACUUUCUUUAUAUAUUUGUCUACUCCAGACAUUCCAUAUAGAAGGAAUCAUAGGGUCUGUGGGUUCUUGUGACUUGCUUCUUUAACUUACUGUAAUGUUUUCAAGGUUCAUGGGUGUUGUAGCAUGGGUCAGUAUUUCAUUCCUUUAUGUUUCCAAGUAAGAUUCCAUUGUAUGAAUAUGCCACAAUUUUUCUAUCCAUUUACCUGUAGGAGAGCUUCUUGGUUGUGUGCAGUUUGGGGUUAGUAUGAAUAAUGCUCUGUGAGCAUUCAUGUGCUACUUGACAAUAUGAGUCCUUAUUGGUGGGUGGCAUCCCCAAGCACCCUUUCAUGUCUCUUUUUCUGUCUUCCAUGGCACUUUCCAGGCACAAUUCUGCUUUCUCUCGAACUGCAUCAUUCAGGACUCUGCAAAUUCCCUGAAGUAGGAGGAAAAAUGACCACGUCCAAGGUUGGCAGCAAGGGAGUCCAGAAUCCUAGGGUCCACUGUGAGCCAGCCAUCCAGGGCUCAAGAAAGCUACCUGGAGCAGAUGGAAUCUUGACUGAGGCAGUGACCUUCAAGGAUGUGGCUGUUGUCUUCACUGAGGAGGAGCUGGGGCUGCUGGACCCUGCCCAGAGGAGGCUGUACCGAGAUGUGAUGCUGGAGAACUUCAGGAACCUGCUCUCAGUGGGGCAUCAACCGUUCAACCGAGAUACUUUCUACUUUCUAAGGGAGGAAAAGUUUUGGAUGAUGGAUAUAGCAACCCAAAGAGAAGGGAAUUCAGGAGGCAAGAUCCAAACUGAGUUGGAAUCUGUUCCAGAAACAGGACCACAUGAAGAGUGGUCUUGCCAGCAAAUCUGGGAACAAAUUGCAAGUACAAUUCUGCUUUCCCAGGAAUCGCAUCCCUCAGUACGCCGCAAGUUCCCAGAAGUAAGAGGGAAGAUGACCAUGUUCAAGGAGGCAGUGACCUUCAAGGACGUGGCUGUGGUCUUCACUGAGGAGGAGCUGGGGCUGCUGGGCCCUGCCCAGAGGAAGCUGUACCGAGAUGUGAUGCUGGAGAACUUCAGGAACCUGCUGUCAGUGGGACAGCAAGCAUUCGACAGGGAUAUUUUCCAGUUCCUAAGGGAAGAAAAGGUUUGGAUGAUGAAGACAGCAACCCAAAGAGAAGGGAAUUCAGGAGGCAAGAUCCAAACUGAGAUAAAGACUGUUUCAGAAGCAGGAACACAUCAAGAGUGGUCCUGCCAGCAAACCUGGGAAAAAAUUGCAAGUGAUUUAACCAGGUCUCAAGCCUCGGUAAUAAAUAGCUCUCAGUUCUCCAAACAAAGUGAUUUACCCUGCCAGACUGAGGCAGGGCUAUCUGUAAUUAACAUAAGACAGAAGUCUUCCCAGGGCAAUGAAUAUAAACAGUCCUUCAGUGAUCUCUCCAUCUUUGAUUUUCAUCAACAAUCACACUCAGGAGAGAAGUCUCAUACAUGUGAUGAGUGUGGAAAAAGCUUCUGUUACAUCUCAGCCCUUCGUAUUCAUCAGAGAGUUCACAUGGGAGAGAAAUGCUAUAAGUGUGAUGUGUGUGGUAAGGAAUUCAGUCAGAACUUACAUCUGAAAACUCACCAGAGAGUCCACACUGGAGAGAAACCAUUCAAAUGUGUUGAAUGUGGGAAAGGCUUUAGUCGUAGAUCAGCACUUAAUGUACAUUGCAAAUUGCACACAGGAGAGAAACCUUAUAAUUGUGAGGAAUGUGGGAAGGCCUUCAUUCAUGAUUCCCAGCUUCAAGAACAUCAGAGAAUCCAUACUGGGGAGAAGCCAUUUAAAUGUGAUAUAUGUGAUAAGAGCUUCUGUGGUAGAUCAAGACUUAAUAGGCAUUCCAUGGUUCACACGGGAGAAAAACCUUUCCGAUGCGAUACGUGUGGUAAGAGCUUUCGUCAGAGAUCAGCACUUAAUAGUCAUCACAUGGUCCACACAGGAGAGAAGCCAUACAAAUGUGAGGAGUGUGGAAAAGGCUUUAUUUGUAGGCGAGAUCUUUAUACGCAUCAUAUGGUCCACACGGGAGAGAAGCCAUAUAAUUGUAAAGAAUGUGGGAAGAGCUUCAGAUGGGCCUCAUGUCUUUUGAAACAUCAGCGAGUCCACAGUGGAGAAAAACCCUUCAAAUGUGAAGAAUGUGGGAAAGGAUUUUACACAAAUUCACAACGUUAUUCCCAUCAGAGAUCCCAUAGUGGAGAAAAACCGUACAAAUGUGUGGAGUGUGGGAAGGGCUACAAAAGGAGGUUGGAUCUUGACUUUCACCAGCGUGUCCAUACAGGAGAGAAACUGUAUAACUGUAAGGAAUGUGGGAAGAGCUUUAGUCGGGCCCCUUGUCUUUUGAAACAUGAGAGACUCCACAGUGGAGAAAAACCAUUCCAAUGUGAAGAGUGUGGGAAGAGGUUUACUCAAAAUUCACAUCUUCAUUCCCAUCAGCGAGUCCAUACUGGAGAAAAGCCAUACAAAUGUGAGAAGUGUGGAAAGGGCUACAAUAGUAAGUUUAAUCUUGAUAUGCACCAGAAGGUCCACACAGGAGAGAGACCGUAUAAUUGUAAAGAAUGUGGGAAGAGUUUUGGUUGGGCCUCAUGUCUUUUGAAACAUCAGAGACUGCACAGCGGAGAAAAACCAUUCAAAUGUGAAGAGUGUGGGAAAAGAUUUACUCAGAAUUCACAGCUUCAUUCUCAUCAAAGAGUGCACACCGGAGAAAAGCCAUACAAAUGUGAUGAGUGUGGGAAGGGUUUCAGCUGGUCUUCAACCCGUCUGACCCACCAGAGACGCCACAGCAGAGAAACACCUCUCAAAUGUGAGGAGUAUGGGAAGAAUACUGUACAGAGUUCAUUCUCUAAAGUCCAAGAAAAAGUUCACAGUGUAGAAAAGCCAUACAAAUGUGAGGACUGUGGGAAGGGCUACAACAGGUGCUCGAAUCUUGACAUGCAUCAGAGGGUCCACAUGGGAGAGAAAACAUGGAAAUGUGGGGAGUGCGAUCUGUGCUUCAGUCAGGCCUCAAGUCUUCAACUUCAUCAGGUUGUUCAUGUGGGGGAGAAAACUUAGUGAUGUGAUGGUGUGAUAAAGUGUUCACUCAGUCUUCAUGAAUGCAGUCUCAUCUGAAAGUUCACAAAGGGGAGAAACGUUAAAAUGUGAGGCACAUAAUAAGCACUUUCCUUUGAGUGCUUUAUCUCUGAAUACACGCUGGUGAUAAAUUUCACCCAUUCUUUGAAGAGCGAAAACAUUUAAGAUAACAUCAUUGCUUCAGCCAUAGCUCAGCAUACCCCAGUAGUCUCAGGACCACCAUAGUGGAGAAUCUUUGUAAAUGGUGCAAUAAAGCUUCAUUCAGAAGUUUGAUAGUUACAGCUGUCAUUCAGGAGACAGGACUUAGAAAGAGUAAGAGUUCAUGAAUUUACCACUCUAAUGGUGGACAUCUCAAAAUUGAUGUCCACUAGAAUGUAAGCUACCUGUGUCUUUGCUGCUAAAUUGUCACAACUGGAACACUGAUUAUCACUUUGUAUGUCUCCAGUGCUUGUUUGUUAAAUCAAUGAAAGGA